AUGUCGGACAAGAUGGCGGCGGCCGCGGCCUCCCCUCAGCCGCAAGCGGGCCCCGGCCCGCCGGCGGCGGAGACGGAGGGCGGGGGCCCGCGCGGUGGCGGGGUGGAUGGGGAGGCGGAGGCGGAGGAGUUCGGGUGCCCGGCGCACUGCUCCGACCUGGCCUGGCGGCAGAACGAGCAGCGCCGCCACGGCCUCUACUGCGACAUCACUCUGGCCUUCGGCGGAGGGCGGCCCGGGGCAGCCCGCGAGUACCGGGCGCACCGCUCCGUCCUGGCCGCCGCUACCGAGUACUUCACGCCGCUGCUCUCGGGGGGCUUCGCGGAGUCGCGCUCGGGCCGCGUGGAGCUGCAGAAGUGGAGCUCGGAGGGCGGCCCCGACCCCGACACGGUGGAGGCCGUCGUCGGCUUCAUGUACACCGGCACCAUCCGCGUCAGCCCCGGCAACGUCCACGAGGUGCUGGAGAUGGCCGACAGGUUUCUGCUGACCCGGUUAAAAGACUUCUGUGGAGAGUUUCUGAAGAAGAAGCUCAACCUUUCCAACUGUGUUGCGGUUCACAGCUUAGCCCACAUGUAUUCCUUGAAUCAGCUGGCCCUCAAAGCUCAGGAUAUGAUCAGGAGAAACUUCCACAAAGUUAUCCAGGAUGAGGAGUUCUACACUUUGCCGUUUCACCUCAUCAGAGACUGGCUCUCAGACUCAGAGAUCACAGUGGACUCUGAAGAAAUCCUCUUUGAGACUGUUUUGAAGUGGGUUCAGAAAAAUCCUGAGGAAAGAGAGAGGUACUUUGAAGAUCUCUUUAAACUGCUUAGAUUGUCUCAGAUGAAACCCACUUACCUUACUCGCCACGUCAAAUCUGAAAGGCUGGUAUCGAGCAAUGAAGCCUGUGUUAAAUUAGUGUCUGAAGCCGUGGAGAGUCAUGCCUUACGGUCUGAGAACUUGCAGUCUGGUAAUCUACAACAUUCCGCUUGUCCUGUAGCGUUGUUGCCACGUUUUGGACAGAACAUGGACGUCAUUAUGGUGAUUGGUGGUGUAUCAGAGGGAGGAGAUUACUUGAGUGAGUGCGUAGGGUAUUUCAUCGAUGAAGAUAGGUGGGUAAACUUACCACACAUACAUAAUCAUCUUGAUGGGCAUGCUGUCGCUGUGACAGAAUCUUAUGUUUAUGUGGCUGGCUCCAUGGAACCAGGGUUUGCCAAGACUGUAGAAAGGUACAAUCCAAACAGAAAUAUUUGGGAGCAAGUCUCAAAUCUAAUAACCAGAAAGCAUUCUUUUGGCCUUACUGAAGUUAAAGGAAACUUGUACAGUAUUGGUGGACAUGGCAAUUUCAGUCCUGGCUUUAAAGAUGUGGCCAUUUAUAAUCCCGAGCAAGACAAAUGGCUUAACCUGGAGUCAGCACCAAAGAUUCUUCGUGAUGUCAAAGCUGUUUCUGUAGAAGACCGGUUUGUUUAUGUUGCUGCUCGUACCCCAGUUGACAGUGAUAGCGAAGAUGGGUUGAGGGCGGUUAUUAUCAGAUACGAUGCUGAAACAAGGCAGUGGCAGGAUGUGGAGUCUCUGCCACUCAUUGAUAAUUAUUGCUCUUUUCAAAUGUCUGUUGCUAACACAAACUUUUACCAUACAGCAUCGUGCUGCCCCAAGAGUUACUCUAUAGAUAAUGAGGAAGCCAAGAUAAAGAUCUCUGGCAGGGCCUCGGAUGAAAUACUUGAAAGCUUACCCCCAGAGGUUCUUAGCAUUGAAGGAGCAGCUAUUUGUUAUUAUAAAGAUGAUGUUUUUAUCAUUGGGGGAUGGAAAAACAGCGAUGAUAUUGACAAGCAGUACAGGAAAGAGGCCUAUCGUUACUGUGCUGAGAGAAAGCGCUGGAUGCUUUUGCCUCCUAUGCCUCAGCCUCGCUGCAGAGCAACAGCCUGCCAUGUGAGAAUUCCCUUCAGAUGCUUGCAGGGAACACAAAGAUACCCUAUGCCACAAAAUCUGAUGUGGCAGAAAGAUAGAAUAAGGCAAAUGCAGGAAAGGCAGAUGCAGGAAAUACACCGACACUCCCUGAGCUUACGGAGAAUGCCACGCUCACAGAUUGAGUGCUAGUUUCUGGAAUAUCACUCCUGAUGAAUCUGGAAAAUACUGUGCUAAACCAUUUUGUUAGGCUUGGUAUGUCUUUAUAAGACAUGAGGGUGCUGAUUGGAUUUGAUGCAUAAAACCAGCAUCUUUUAUGUAUUGAAAAUUAAGAAGCUCAGAAAUUGAGGAUGGGUGGGAAUUGAGAAACUAUGUGAAUCCAGCAGUGUUACUUAAUGUGCCU